CACGCCCCCGCGGGAGAGACGCCGGCCGCCCGUUGCAACAGAAGCGCGCCGUCGAAUAGCUGCUCCCUGCACAGUGCUCGACUGCUGCGUCACAGGCAGACACUGAGUACGGAACGAUGUCCCUCACCGGGUCCUGCCUGGGUGACGUGGCGGCUGCUGCGGCCUUCGUGGCCACGCUGCUCGUCAUCGCCUGCGGGUGGUUCUAUGGCUACUGGGAACGCCGUGGAGUGCCGUCUCUCGAGACGGAAUCUAUCUUCGGCAAUUGUAAGGCCAUGCUUCUGUACCGCAAACACUUCGGUGAAGGCGUGCUGGAGCUGUACCGGCGCCUGGACCCUCACCCUUACGGCGGGAUCUUCAUAUCCCUGAGACCAAUGCUGGUCGUCAGAGACCCAGAGCUCAUCAAGAGCUGCCUCCUCAAAGACUUCGGCCACUUCCAGCACAGGGGACUUAAGGUGGACGAGGAGCACGACCCGCUGAGCGCGCACCUGUUCAACCUGGGCGGGCCGCGGUGGCGCGCGCUUCGCACCAAGCUGACGCCGACGUUCACGUCGGGCAAGAUGAAGCUCAUGUUCCCGCUGAUGGAGGCGUGCGCGCGCGACAUGGUCGCCGCCCUGCAGCCGCUCGCCGACCGCGGCGAGGACGUCGAGAUGAAGGAGUGGAAUGCCAGGUUCACCACCGACGUCAUCGGCACCUGCGCCUUCGGCAUCCAGUGCAACUCGCUGCGGGACCCCGAGUCCGAGUUCCGCAGGAUGGGCCGCGGCCUCUUCACCUCGCCCAUCCGGAACCUCUUCAAUUUUGUGCUGGUGCGUAUUGGUUACCUACUGCGCAUAAAAUUUCUGAGUCCCGAACACGAGCGCUUCUUCAUGGGCGUCGUGCGUGAGACCGUGGAGUACAGGAAGAAGAAUGGCGUGGUCAGGAACGAUUUCGUCAACCUGCUGCUUCAGCUGCAGGAGAAGGGGCACGUCGACCCUGACCACGAGAGUCCUGACCAGGGCAAGAACGUUUCUCACUCACCGGACACCGACCUCACGCUCACAGACGAGCUACUAGCUGCACAGUGCCUCGUCUUCUUCGUAGCGGGCUUCGAGACAUCAUCGACCACAAUGAGCUUCUGCGUCCACGAACUGGCAGUCAACCCGCAUAUCCAGGACCGCCUCAGGAGUGAAGUCGACAGCGUGCUCAGCAAACAUGGAGGGCAGGUGACGUACGAAGCCGUGCACGAGAUGUCCUACCUCGACAUGGUGGUCGCAGAGACACUCCGGAAGUACCCUCCUCUGACGGAGUUGGACAGAAUCUGCACAGUGGCGUACACUAUUCCAGGCAGCGAUGUCAAGAUAGAGGAGGGGACCAAGCUUAUCAUACCGGUCUACGCCAUACACCACGACCCCAAAUACUACCCGGAUCCGGAAAAGUUUGACCCGGAACGCUUUACGGAAGAGAGAAAGGCGUCACGCCAUCAUUUUGUUUACCUACCUUUCGGUGAGGGACCCCGUAUCUGCAUAGGUAUGCGUUUCGGCCUGAUACAGACCAAGCUCGGCAUCGCUUCGUUGGUCUCCAAGUUUGUCUUCAGCGCCACGAGCAAAACACCUGCAAAGCUCCAGAUGGAUCCCAAGGCAGCUGUGGCGUCUGCUCUCGGAGGCAUCAACGUGCGUAUCACCGCGAGAACUUGAUACGCCCACAAGCAGGGCUGUCUACAGAAGGAGCUGACACGUAUGGACUUGAAAGUGUGUGAUCUGACUCAUUCUUCACCUAUACUUACUUUAGCAAACACACAUAAAAUUUUGUUUACUAACAUCAGUGCACCAUCCACCUCGAUAAUAAACUUGAAC